CCUCCUACGAAUGGAAAAUGGGGAACAGACAUCAAAGCCUUGGAACUCAUUGAUCACGACCGAACAGAUCCCUACGAUCCGGACGGCAGACCCAGAAGACUGAUGGUAUCUGUCAUACACCCAACACUUCCCAUGAAAAAAUGCCAUCCCAACAACACGAUCCCUUACGCCCCGACUUCCAUCCUCGAUGUUCUGAUUUCCGCAUUCGAGCUCCUCGACGUCACGAAUAUCUCAGACAAAGUCCAUCAGCUCGCAUUACCAACAUGUCCACUUCCACCCUCUGAGCGGCAACCCAGAAAGUCCACAUUCCCAACCCUCCUCUUCUCCCCAGGUCUCCACGGAUCUCGUUUCCUCUCACUCUCCCAAGCCCAAUCCAUCGCCUCGCAAGGCUACACAAUCAUCCUGCUCGACCACACCUACGACACAGCAAUCCUGGAAUUCCCGGACGGCACAAUAAUCUCAGCCCAAAAUUUUACAACUGUUGAAGAACUAGAUGAUCUGGUGCGCGUUCGAGCGAGAGACGUGAGUUUCGUUAUCAAUCAACUCGAAAAUUCGCAUAGUCCGUUGCAUCGAAUUUUUCCUAAGCCUCACGAUCGUGGGAUUGGAAUCUAUGGUCACUCUCUCGGCGGCGCGACAGCGAUUCUAGCUUCUCAUCGCGAUCCUCGUAUCACGGCGAUUGUGGAUCUUGAUGGGUUUCCUUAUGGUUUUCAUACGACUGGGACUUGGGAAGAUCCUGUUUUUAACCUUCCUGUCCAUCUCGAUUCACCACCCAUCCUCUUAUUUGCAAACAUGACGCUAUCUUUCGGACCUAUCUGGGAUGUCUUCACAGGGUGGAAGAAGAGAUUGGCGUUGGAGGGAGGGAGUCAUAUGGCGUUUACAGAUGUGCCGUUGCUUGUGUAUGUUUUGGAGUUGAGAGAGCAAUUGCCUGAAGGGGUUUUGGAGCUUGUUGGUGAGAUUGAGGGGUUUAGGGCUAGGGAUGCUGUUGGUGAGUAUGUUGUUGCUUUUUUUGAUAGGUUCUUGAAAGGGAGGGAU